GAAAAAAAAAAAAAGUUCUCGACUCUAAAGAAAAAAAAAACCUCAUUAUCGCCAAUUGAUAUUUAGAUAUAGCUCUGCGGGGCACAUUUUGUCCACCAUGGCAAUUGAUGCGAUGGAUAUCGAUACUAGUCCUCCGCAGACCGGAGUGAUAGAACCCGAGCGCAAACGCAAGCAUAAGAAUAAGGAUCAGCACUCGUCGCCAUUGAAGAAGAAGAAGCGGAGGCACGAGAUCGCAGAUGAGGCCGCAACAUCGGAAAAAAAGAGCAAAAAAUCCAAGGCCAAGGCGAAAAGCAAAUCGGAAACGGCAUCAUCGAGCAUUCCCGACUCUCCUUAUACGCUGACUACCGCAUCACUCUAUCUUCCUCUGUCGCCCAUUUCCAUCUCCCCGACGCACGCUCUCGCUUCGCUUUUGGCUGAGCAUCUUUCGCCUCUCCUUCUCACGUACUACCCGCCCCUGAAGGGUAUUGUGCUGGCCUACUCCAAUGCCUCGAUAUCUAGUACCCCGCCCUCUGCGUCAUCCGCCUCCAACCCCAACGAUCCAAACCCACAGCCCUUGACCCUCGCGACCACGGCAAACGAGUACGGUGUUUUGUACGUCUACUUGACAGCAACCUUCUUGGUAUUCCGCCCGCAGCGCGGUCAAAUCCUCGAGGGAUGGGUGAAUGUCCAGUCGGAAGGUUUCUUGGGAGCCGUGGUCCUCAACCUUUUCUCCGUAGGCAUUGAGCGGAAAAGACUCCCCACGAGCUGGAAGUGGGUUCCUCCAGGCGAGGAGGGAGAGAGCGGUGCCACUGAUGACAGUGGAGACAAGCAAAAGAAUUCCGAGGACGACGAGGACUCUGAAGCCUCCCCCUUCUUCAACCCGGAAAAGGAACACUUCAAGCCCGUUGCUCUGGCGUCGGAUGCGAACCCACUCUCCGAGACUAUCGACCAGGAACUCGCCGGUGGAGAGGACGACGACGCAGCCGCAGAAGGCUACUUCCAGUCUGUAUCUGGCCAUCGGGUGCGCGGUACGGUUAAAUUCCGCGUCGUCGACAUCGACGUUAUCCCGGGCACUGAGCGGGAGCGUGGCUUUAUGAGCAUCGAGGGUACCAUGCUCACCCCCGAGGAAGAAGCCAAGGUCAUCGAAGACGAGCGCAAUGGCAAUUUUUCGGCUGCCAUGACGCCCCACAGACCUACCAUGUCCGGAGCGUUACCAUUUAGAGGAACUUCUGCCCAGGCUGAACAGCAAGACGCCGCAGAGGCCGAGCCUUUAGAAUCACCAGUCAAGAAGAAGGAGCCCAAGGCGGAAAAGGAAAAGAAGACGAAGACCAAGUCGAAGAAGAAAGAGAAAUAAAUGAUAUCCUCGAGUUGAGUUGAGGUGGUUUAUUCUUGUCAUUUAACUACAAUGUAUGCACGCUUGUCAUUCUCAUGUCAUAUAUUCGAUUUCAUGGUUGGCGUUAGA